UCAUGAUCCAACAAUCCUAUGGGCACCCACAAAGUACAGAACGCUCUAGGAAAGGUAUAUUUAUUCCAAGAUUUAAAAUUCCAUCAAUCAAAUCAUUUUAAAGAGCUGCUUGGAAUACUCGAGAGGGAGGCGAAAUUCAUCCGAAGCAGGGGAGAUAGGGAUGUUUUGUUGAUUAUCCGUGUAGUAUCAGUUGCUCAGGAAGGAAGGAAAUGAUUAGAGUUGCUACUGAUGAUGGAAGUCGACGGCAUCUACCAUUAUGGAUGCUGGGUGUCACUGCUGCCAACGAAAACAACAACCACGCACCUGAAGGACUUAUGCCCCAAGCUUACCAUUCUGAGUCAAAGACUGUGACUAAAGGACCUGAUAAUGGGAAUCUGUUUCAAGAGAAGGGCACUUCGGGUGUAAAUUCACAUUCUUUUGUAAAAUGUGAAAGAAAGAGAAAAAGAAAAUCAAGUCAACAAGAAGCAAAGUGUGAUGAUAUUAUCACUGAAACUGUUUCGGAGAAGAAAAAGUAUAAGAGUAGGAGGAAAGUUCAGGCAUCUAUUGCAUGUAAAAGGCAAAAAGAAAAGGCUUCUGACUUUGGAAGGGAUGAGGAAUUUGAGAAUCAGCCUCAAACUGAUGAUGAUGUGGAGCUGAUAAUGGAUGAUCUGAUGACCAUUGCAGAAGAGUAUGUUGAAGCUGAGAAGAAUAAGGAUUGGCAAGCAUCAAAUAGUGAAUAUGGUUCCAGAAGGAAAGUUCCAAUGAAACUCUCUUCCAGUAACGACUCAGGGGGCUUGCUUGAUGUCCCAAAUAGUAAUCGAGGUUCACCCCCGCAUGACUUGACUGCUUUUGAUAGUUGCAAUGUGACUGGGGCCAGUGAAAUUGACAUGAGAACUGGGGAUCCUGCUCAGGACAUGUUGGAUCUGUUUUUGGGUCCCUUGCUUAAGAAAUCCCUCAAGGAGGAGAAUAAACCUUUUGUGAAAGAUAUGCAAUUUGCCUAUGAGUUUGAAAGGUUAAAUCAGAAUAAUGUUUUGGGAGAACAAGCGGAGCCCCUGAUGAAAAAGAAGAGCAGUCUCAGCGAGAAGGUAGCAAAGUUUCUUGACUGAAUUAGAUAUUCAAAUUAGUUUAUUGUAUAGUACAUUAUCACAUGUUCCAUGUAAAUAGUGCUUCUGUCAAUCAAUUGGUCAACUUCUGCUGACUUGUUAUUUAGUCUCAUGACAGAAGAUACUCCAGUAGAUGUAUAUCUUUUUGGUCGAAGUCUUGUACUGGAAGGCAUUCUUUUAUGCAAAUAUUUUAGAACUAAA